GUCAGCCGCAAUGGCGAUUCUGAAUGAUUUGCGACCGCCACUCAUAAGAAAAUCUCUCGCUCUCUGUAUUUUGUGCCGAGUCAAUUCGAAACAAUCUGUUGGGAUGUUCCCUAGACGAUGUCGCGAGUAGAAGGGGAACGACGACUCAGUGCAACAUCGAAGUCCAGCGAUCACAAUGAACGACUCGAGCCUCACCUACUACGAGCAGCACAAGAUGACGACAUUGAGAAACUGCGACAAAUCCUUGAAACUGCUAAAACCAGGAAACAGCUGGACGAGAGCUUCCUUCAAAAGGGCUUGAUACGAAGUUCGGAGAGGGGCAAAGUUGGAGCUACACAAUUUCUACUUGAGAAUGGUGCAAACCCAGAUGGGGCCACUGGCAAUAGAGCUCCUCCGCUGUUGAAAGCUGUCGAGAGAAACAAUAUUGGGAUCGUGCAUCUGCUGCUCAAGUAUGGCGCAAACCCAGAGACGGCAGACAAGAAAGGCAGGACGGCCUUGAUGACCGCUGCCUGGAAGAAUCAUUGGAAUAUCUUGGAGCUGUUGAUCAAGAAGGGAGCAAAUGUCAAUGCAAAAGACGACAGAGGAAGGAAUGUUCUGCAUAAUCUGGGUGCUGAUAAACAAAUGCAAUGGGGAGACUCGGUGGUUGAGCUUUUACUAGCACACGACAUAAUACUGGAUGGAGAAGAUGGACAAGAUAAACUUGGCCGAGUAAGUCAACUAUCUUUACAAGAUGACUUUACCCAACCUGCAAUGGCCGCAUGCUAACUGAAGCAGACACCGCUUCAUUGGGCUUGUGCGACUGGCAAACGAGGUCUUGCUCAACAACUUCUCGCACGAUCAAGGGGUGCGCGAGCUAGUGUAUAUGCAGUGGAG